AUGUCUGUUAGCUCUUCGAGUAUGAUUUCCAGUGUGAGCCCCUCUGCUUCGCCUAUCGGCGAAGGGUCCGUGGCAGCCAACAUCCUGGUUAUUGCGAGAGACUCUGCUGCGGUUGGCGUAGCCACAUCCGGUCUCAAUGGCUAUGGUAUCCCGUUCACAUCGCUGGUAGUUCCCCAGGCUGGUGUUAAUCUGCCGGCCUUGAAUGACAGCGCCGGAGGAAACUUCGGUGGCAUUGUCGUGGCCGGUGAAGUCAGCUAUGACUAUGGGGCCGGUAAAGGUUUCCAAAGUGCCCUGACGGCCGACCAGUGGAAUCAGCUGUAUGCUUACCAGAUGGCCUACGGCGUGCGCAUGGUGCAGUACGAUGUUUUCCCCGGGCCGAAAUUCGGCGCUGCUGCUUCGGGUGGUGGGUGCUGCGAGAACGGCGUGGAGCAGUUGUUCUCGUUCUCUGACAUCAGCGAUUUUCCGUCGUCUGGACUUCGGACGGACGCUGGGGUCAGUACGCAGGGUCUCUGGCAUUACCCGGCGACGAUCAGCAACACGACCACCACGAAGGAAAUCGCCCAGUUUGCCGCCGGUGGCGGUUCGUCUGGCACCACGACUGCGGCCGUCAUCAAUAACUUCGAUGGACGGCAGCAAAUGGCUUUUUUCAUUGGAUUUGACACCGUCUGGAGUGCCACCUCUAAUUACGUGCAGCACGCGUGGAUUACGUGGCUCACUCGGGGUCUCUACCCGGGGUAUCGGCGGGUCAAGCUGAGCACGCAGAUCGACGAUAUGUUCCUGGAAACCGGGAUCUACAAGCCUAGUGGCACCAACUAUCGCGUCAACACCGCUGACAUGGACGGCAUUGCUAGCUGGAUCCCCACCAUCAUAGAUAAGAUGAACCCGGGCAGCAGCUAUUUCCCCGAAGUCGGCCACAAUGGCAACGGCAAUGUGGAAGCGUCUUCCAUCACGGAGAGCGGGAGGCGCAGCUGCAACGGAGGCGGCAUCGAGCAUGACUCCCCGCCGGAUACCCCCUUGGAGUUCCAGAAGCCGCUGGGCACCGGUACCGACCUGUGGCCCCCUGUCCCGAAGAACUACACCUGGUCGACGGAAUGCACCAAGUUGGAUCCGCUUCUGCUCUGGUGGACCACCGAGGAGAACCGAGAUCUAUUCGGCCAUAUCUCCCACACGUUCAGCCACGAGGAGCAGAACAAUGCCACCUACGCGGACGUGAACAAGGAGAUCUCUUUCAACCAAGCCUGGCUGAGGCAGGUCGGCCUCGCCGACGCCAAGUACUUCACAUCGAACGGAAUCAUUCCCCCGGCCAUCACGGGACUGCACAACGGCGAUGCGCUGCGGGCCUGGUACGACAAUGGUAUCCGCAACUGCGUGGGGGACAACACGCGCCCGCCGCUGGUCAACCAACAGAACGGCAUGUGGCCGUACUUCACCAAGUCGUCGACGGACGGGUUUGACGGUAUGCAGGUGGACCCCCGCUGGGCCACGCGGAUUUACUACAACUGCGACACCCCUGACUGCACGGUGCAGGAGUGGAUCGACACGUCGGCCGGCAGCGGCGACUUCAACGACCUCCUGGAGAUCGAGAAGGCAGAGACGAUGCGCCACCUGUUCUCACUGCACCACGCCGGGUACAUGUUCCACCAGGCCAACCUGCGCAACGCAGACGUCGACCCCGUCACGGUCAACGGUGAGACGGAGCAGUGGUCCAUCUUCCAGGCGUGGGUUGAGGUGCAGGUGCAGGAGUUUGUGCGCCUGGUGGAUUGGCCACUGGUGACCGAGAAGCACCAGGACAUGUCCGAUUCGUUCCUCGCUCGCUACACCCGCGACGCCUGCCAGUACUCUCUGCGCUACGCAGUCUCCAAUGGCCAGAUCACCGGCGUAACGGUGUCGGCCAAGGAUAGCACCUGCAAGCGGCCAAUCCCGGUGACGUUCGCCGUGGAGCCGACCAGCACGCAGGGGUUCAAGACGGAGCAGCUGGGCAGCGACCCGCUGACGGUGUGGGUGCAGCUGUCAGGGUCGCCUGUGACGUUUACGCUGUCGACGCCGAUUGAGUUGUAG